CCGAGGACACUGCAUGCUCAAAGAAAAUGUCUAGUGCAGAAGGCUUUCCUGCUGUAUUUUACAGUGAGCCAGGAGUCCUGGGGCUUUUGGCCAAUGUGAUCAGUGCCUUCCUUGUAGCUCUUCAAAAUUUUGCCCAAGUCAAUACAAAUAUUUUGGCCAAUGGAACUGAAAACAUCUUGGCAGGUGUUCACCUUAUUUUGAUUGGUGGAGUGACACAACUUGUUGCCGGACUAAUGUCCUUCAGAAAGUACGACCAUCUGGGUGGCACAGCCUUUAUAACAUUUUCAGCUUUGUGGAGCAGCUUUGGGGCAACUCGGAUUAUUCUGGGAGCAAACUCCCCUCUUAAUGUCACCUCAAACAUUCUGGAUCUAAAAAACACCAGUGUUGCAAAUGAUAGUUCAAGUGUGUCUUUGCCUCCUAUUAGUGAAUCAGCUGUGGCAGGGCUAGUAGCUUACAUCAGUGUUGCAUUUACUCUAUCAUUCUGUUCAGCUACGACUAAUUACAUCAUGCCUUUUGUCUUUGGGGCCAUAACACUUACGCUCAUUUUUGAGGCUGUGGGUCUCUUUAGCCAAUGGGCUUUCAUACUAUCAGGAAUAUUUGAACUAGUGAUUGUUGUCUUCGGGCUGUAUGGAGCCAUUGCCCUGCUUUUAAAGGGAGUCACCCAGAGGUACAUUCUUCCAGGGUUUGGCAAUGCAUUAUUCAAUGUGCUGCUUCUAGGAACAGCCAAUAAAUCAUCUUCUAAGGCUAAUGAUGACGAGAAAAAGAAGAACACAAAAUAUGCAGAGCCAAUGGCUCUUGGAAAUUUGUGUAGUGUGAUUUCUCCCUUUAUCUUUGCUUUCUACUGUUUCAGGUACAUUAAAUCAUUUUAUGUAGGAGCUGUAUGGGUCAGCAUCAAUUCCAUUGCACAGCUUUAUGCAAGCUACUAUGGAUAUUUACGUAAUGAUGUCUACUUUGCGACUAAAUAUUGUGUCCAUAGUAUGUAUUGGCUUGUGAAGUCCUGGGAGGAAUUUAUUUUAACCGUCCUCAUAAAUGCCAACAAUUUAGAUAGCAGCAGAGCUAGAAUGACAGGAGACUGGUUUUUUUUGGUCACAGCUUUGAUUUUAUGUCUAAUGUCUCUGAACAGAAACAAACUUGAAAUAAUCCAUAAUGGGUUUUUUGUUCUUUUAACUAUCUCCACUAUUCCUCAGAUUAACACUGUAUCAUAUUACAGAUUUUUUGGGGCAGUUUGCUCUAUGUAUACGGCCCUGUCCCUUUAUGCAACAUUUGCCAGCCUGAUCAACUCUAUAGCAGAAAAGGCACUAAUUCCUAUUGGAACCGAAAUGGUGUCUUCCAAAUCAUUCCAGAGAGUUCUAUUUGCCCUAAAACAGAGGAUCAGCAAAGCUAAUGAGCUCCCAGUUUUUACUAAUGUGCAGCUGCCAGAUGCCCUCUUCUAUAUUUGCAAUGGGCUUGCAGCCCUGUCUGCCAUCCAGAGUGCAAACAUGGACCAAGCCCAGGCUCAUCUUAGUAUUCCUUGGGUUCUGAUCCCUGGAACUCUGAUCCAACUCUAUGUGUCCAGGAUUCAAGUUCGUGGAGGAAGACGCUUUGGCUCUGUGUUACCCUUCUGCUAUGCAGCUGUCUGGGCAACUUGGACCUGGCUUCGAUUUGCAGGUAUAUUUUGA